UUAUGGCGGAUAUAGAAAAUCAAACUUCGGUUGUAACCGCAACGUCUGCGUCUAAUUCACCGCAGGUUUCGUCGUCUCCAAUAAAUAAAAAGGAAAAAAAAGCUAAAAAUCCUAGGACCAAACCAUCUCAUCCACCGACUUCGGAAAUGGUAAACAAUGCGAUCAAAGGUUUAAAGGAACGCGGAGGCUCAUCUUUACAAGCAAUUAAAAAAUACAUUGCUGCCAAUUACAAAGUUGAUGCAGAAAAAGUAGCGCCAUUCAUCAAAAAAUAUUUGAAAGCAUCUGUAGUAUCGGGAUCUUUGGUACAAACUAAAGGUAAAGGAGCUUCGGGAUCAUUCAAGUUAGCUUCGGCAACUUCAACUGCAGCAAAACGAAAUGCUAUUAUUGGAGGAGGAGUAGAUAAAUCGAAAAGUAUUAAGAAAUCUAAUAAAGGCAAAAAAACGACAGGUACAGCAGCGGCGGCAUCCUUAAAAACUUCGACGACAACAACAACACCGAUUACUGAUAAGAAAGGCGUUAAAGUUGCCAAAAAAACGGACAAAAAAUCUUCGGCCAAAGGAGGAGUCGCCGCCGCCGCCGCCGCCUCCAAUACAGCCAGUGCCGCAUCAUCCGAAAUUAAAACGAAGAAUCCUACUAAAGCAAAAAAAUCCAAUAAAGGCAGUCCCACGAAAAAGCCGAAAGCACCAAAACCGAAAACUGCGAAAGCAGCUGCUAGCAGUUCCUCUCCUAAAGCAAGAAAAGCCGCCGCCGCUCCUAAAAAGAAGAAAUAAAAA